UACCAAUUGUCAAACAAAAUAACCUAAACAUAUUUGAACUCAAAAUACUAUUCUAUUUAAAAAUAUUGAAUAACUUACAUUGACCGAAUAACUAAAUACCGUUUUAUAUUUGACUACUUUGAACUUUUGAAUAAUGAACAUUGCACGCAAAAUCUUCGCAAUACCAUACCAAAAUAUCCGAAAGAAUGUGUACAGAAAUUUUAGAAUAACUGCUUCAAAUUGCAAUUCAGCAACAACUACAGAGCCUCAAAUUCAAGAUGAAAAAUUCGAUUUUGAAGAUCUCAAAGUACUGGAGCGAGUAGAACGGCGAAAAGCCAAAAUUCCGCCAUUUAUGAAAGACGUUUUCGUCUCCAUAUAUAACCGCGAUUUACUCGCAUACCCAGAGAUUUUAAAUAAAGAAGAGUCCACAGCUUUAGAUGCCAGGGUUGCGGCACUAGAAAAAGUAUUCUUCGAUCCCAAAAAAAGCACAAGUGACCGAAAAAAUGCAUUAAUAAAGACAGGCAUGUACAGCGCACCAUUAAGUCUUUCUAAUAACGGUCUAGCAAUGAAUUGUACUGAGAGCUUACGUUAUUUAGAUGUUAUAUCACGAGCGGAUUUAAAACUCGGGCAAGAAAUAACUGACCAUUGGAUUGGACUCAAUGUUAUCCAUCAAGGAUUAAGUUCUGAUGAAUAUCAGAAGUUGGUCGGUGACCUGACGUCUGGAGAUGUACCUAUAAAUGUGUGUAUAAGAGAGAAGGUUCCUGAGAGAUUGAUGCAAGCUGAUUUUAGCACGAACGCUACUGUCGAUUCGAAAGGCAUCUGGCAUAUAAGGGGGGAGAAGAUAUGCAGCAAUUCAAAUGGGUACCUGUUGGUGCUAUGCUUGAUCGAUAGUACUAGGUUCAAGACAUUUCUGGUGCACCCCAACGCUGCGGGGGUCAGCCAGAAAGGGGACUUCGUCACGUUCCACCAGACCCCAGCUACGCCACUUGACCGUAUCACAGAAGACGGUCUGUCCAAAACGUUCGGCAUAGCCAGGUUGUAUACAGCAACGCUAUGCCGCAAUAGGUUGUUGGCUUCGCUGGACGCCUGCAUGGAUUACGUGAAGAGCAGGUUCUUUUCCGGUAAGUCUUUAAUGGAAAUACCGACAAUCCGCGCAACCGUUGGCGACACGUUACUAAUAACAUACGCAAGCGAGAGCGCCGAAUAUUUUACUGCUGGUCUGAUCGAUGGUUAUCUGGAACCCGACGCGGACCUCGAGCUCGCUAUGUGUAGGAAUUUCAUAGCGAAUCACGCGCAAAGUCAGCUGCUAAAGCUACUCGCGAUACCAGGGGUGGAGAAACAGAAGGAGUGUCUACAGUUGCUUGAGGACAUGAGGUCAUUGUCCUUGAGGGGAGAGUCCAUUGAGAGCGUCAAUAUGUUUAUCGCUCACAAUGGCAUACACCAUGCGGGCAGAGAGAUGGCCACCGAAAUAAAGAAGAUAAGGAAUCCCAUGUUCAACCCCUCUUUCAUCUUCAAAAAGAUGAUACAGGAUAGACAUCAGGAGAAAGACGCGCCCAAGUUGAACCUUCACCUGGCGGAACACCUGCACCCGACCUUCAAGAAGCCCUCUGAACAGCUGGAGUACUGUGUCCUGAGGAUGCGGUACACCUGCGAGACCUUGAUGAGCAGGCACGGCACCGAAGUCUUCGACGCGUACACAGAACUCAGCAGGCUGGCGGAAGCGGCCACUGAGAUAUUAGUCAUGACUGCAGUUCUGGGUAGGGCCUCCAGAGCAUACUGUAUCGGACUUAGAAACGGAGAAACAGAAAUGAAACUGGCCGCAGUUUUCGUUGAAAGCACCAAAGAUAGAGUGAAGAAGUUGCUUCUAGAGGUCAACGAUGGAGAAUACUUGAACUUGGACUUCUUCAGACUACAAUUCGGGAAGAAGGUUCUAGAAGCUAACGACUUUGUUGUUGAGAAACCCACUGCCAGAGUGUUUUGGUAGAAUAAAUGUUAAUAUAGAUAGUU